AUGUGUGCCGCUCAUUACGUGUACGACGAGUUGCAUAAAGCAACUAAUGCUAGUGAAAAUAUUCGCAAAACUGUCUAUGAAGAAAUCACUCGACUUGUUCUAUCUAUAUCGCAUCAAGAAAAGCGAGUCGAUCAAAACCAAAAACUCAUUGAUCAAGCCAGUCUUAAUAUUCAAUAUACUCGAAAUCAAAUAAGAGAAACUGAAUCAUAUGUACAUGAUAGUCAACAGUCGCUUAAUUCAGCCCAGAGUGCAGUCACUGAUGCAGAGGAAAAAGAAAGGGAUGCUAGCAACUGCGGCUUCGGACGACGUAAAAAGCGUUUCUUAUGGUUUAUUCCUGUCUAUUGUAUUGUACACGAUGCAACUGCUGGCGCGAACGCCAGGGAAAGCCUAAGAAUAGCCGAAGAAAAUUUACAGUAUGCACAACAACGUCUUAGUCUUAACCAAAAGAACUUGGCUGCUCAACAAGCACAGCAUAAAACAGCUCAAGCACAGCUUAAUGCAGCUAAUAUUGAACUGGCAAGAAUUGCAUUUAUUUAUUCGACACCAACAUCAAAUGCUUUAAUUACAACAGCAGUUCAAGGAAAUCCAGUAAAUGUCGAGGUUUAUAAGCAGUUUACACUUGACAAAGAUAGUAAUGAAAGAAUAAACAAGGUUACACGUGUAGUCGAUACGGUAUGGUCAAUGCAGAUGAUUACUGGUAUUCAAUUUCACACAACAAAAGGAAGAUCUAGUCCAUGGUACGGUCGCCAACAAGGAACAACAACUUACAUUGAACAAUAUACAGGAUACACAGUACGCUAUGUAUCAGGUAGAUCUGGAGAUUUUAUUGAUCAGUUGCAGUUUCACUGGUGUCCAAACUAA